AUGUCAGAAUACUGGAAAUCAACACCGAAAUACUGGUGUAAGCACUGCCAAAUCUACGUCCGCGACACAAAACUCGAGCGCCAAAACCACGAAUCCACAGCAAAGCACCAAGGCGCCCUCAAACGUUUCCUACGCGACCUCCACCGCGGCCACGAGCGCGAAGAACGCGAUAAAGAGCGUGCAAAGCAAGAAAUCGCCCGUCUAAAUGGCGUCGUCUCAGGGUCUUCUUCGUCAGCGGCUGGUCCGUCAAGGCCUGCGCCCCGCGCGCCACAACAACAACCCAGCGCACCGACCGAAGCCUCGUUGAAGAAACAGAGGGAACAAUUGGCUGAGAUGGGCGUUGCGAUGCCGAGCGAUUUUAGACCCGAGAUGGCUAUGCCGGGAGAAUGGACGGUUACGAAUACUAGGGUUAUCGAAAAGACGGAGGAGGAUGGGGAUGUUAAAGUUGAGAAGAGGGCGAAUGGGGUGAGGAAGAGGGAGGCGACGGAGGAGGAGAAGGAGGAGGAGAAUGCUAUGCAGAGCUUGUUUAAGAAGCCGAGACGAUGGGGUCGGGAUUCGAAAGCGAUGCCACAAGAGGAUCACGAGCUUGAUGCGCUAUUGAGCGGGUCAACAUUUGUGCCUCGCGCGGUUAAGGAAGAGGCAGUUAAGGAAGAAGAAGAAGAAGAAGAAGAGGAUGUCAAGAAGGAGGUCGAAGGAGAUAUCAAGAAGGAAGACGACGAUACUACGGCGCCGAUCAAAGAAGAGGAGACAACGACUGUCAAGACGGAAGCACCGGACGAACCUCUGAUAAAGCCAGAGCCCGAGGAAGCUGAGUCUGGUGUACAAACGGUGGUGUUCAAGAAGAGAAAGCCCAAGGGAAUUCGACAAAAGUAA